AUGAGUGAGGCGGCUCGGGAUCCGUCGCCCGGAGCGCCGCCGGCCGUGGCCGCGGCCGCCUCGGAGGAGAGAAAGGGGAAAGAGCCCGAGCGGGAGAAGCUGCCGCCCAUCGUGGCGGCCGGCGCAGCCGCGGGCUUGGACAGAGCACCCAAGGGCCAGACCUCUGCUUUCAGCAGCCUUGUCUCCACAGUGACCCAGAAGAAAGAAGCCGCGGAAAACAGAAGCUCCCCUACCCAUCUGGCUCUCCCGAACAUCAGGAAUGUGAGAGACCUACCACCAAUUUGUCUUGAUGUUAGACAAAAACAACGUAUGUCUGUGGAUGCAUUACCAUCUGAAAUGAAGGUCCCGGCCCUUCCAGAACCUACCCUUCCUAGCCAGCCCAGAAGUGUGAAAGACUUUGAGGAAGAUUUAGAAAAAGCUGAGUCAACAGGAAAUUGGAAAACAGUACAUGCAUUUUAUAUAACAGCGUUUGAUUCCUUUCCAGAAUUAAAUGCUGCAUUUAAGAAAGAUGCCACUUCCUCAUUUAAUACAAUUGAUGACUCUGGGGUUAACACUAAUUUGGUGAAUGCUGUAUUCGAUGCCUUACUUAACACUCCUCAAGAUAUUCAGAAAUCAGUAUUGAAGGGAAUCAUUAACAGCCUGUUACGAGAAUGGAAAGGCCCACGAACAAAAGAUGAUCUUAGAGCAUAUUUUAUACUGUUACAGAAUCCUCAAUUUAAUAUCACAUCUACAUACGUCAUCUAUGCUCAUUUGCUACGACAGAUAGCUACCUUAGUGGAAGCUGACCAUCAUUUCCUAGUUCACUGGCUUAAAAAAUUAUCCCAGAAGAAAUUCAAGCAACUGGUAGAGAGAUUGUUGCAGUUUGUGUCUUUACGCCUGUUUCCGGCAAAGCCUGAAGAGUUUCCACCUCUGACGAAGUGUUCCUGGUGGAUCCCAUCAGCCUCCAAAGUACUGGCUUUACUCAAUACUGCCAAUAAUUUGAUUCAGCCUCCCCUUAUUCCUUAUACUGAUUUCUAUAAUUCUACCUUGGAUCACAUUGAUCUCAUGGAAGAGUAUCAUACUUGGCAGAGCUUUGGGAAUUCUCACAGGUUUUCCUUCUGUCAGUACCCAUUCGUUAUUUCUAUAGCUGCAAAAAAAAUCAUUAUUCAGAGAGACUCAGAACAACAGAUGAUAAGCAUCGCAAGGCAAAGUCUGGUGGAUAAAGUAUCUCGAAGACAAAGACCUGACAUGAAUAUGUUAUUCCUAAAUAUGAAAGUAAGGCGGACACAUCUGGUUAGCGACUCACUUGAUGAGUUAACCCGGAAAAGAGCAGACUUGAAGAAGAAGUUGAAGGUUACAUUUGUAGGUGAAGCUGGUUUGGAUAUGGGUGGCUUGACUAAAGAAUGGUUCCUUCUUCUAAUUCGCCAGAUUUUCCAUCCAGAUUAUGGCAUGUUCACAUACCACAAGGAUUCGAACUGCCAUUGGUUUAGCAGCUUUAAGUGUGAUAACUAUUCUGAAUUCCGAUUGGUUGGAAUUCUCAUGGGACUAGCUGUUUAUAACAGCAUCACCUUGGAUAUUCGUUUUCCUCCCUGCUGUUACAGGAAGUUACUGAGCCCUCCCAUCGUCCCUAGUGAUCAGAAUACACCAGUAGGCAUCUGCAGUGUUACCAUUGAUGACUUGUGUCAGAUUAUGCCUGAAUUGGCCCAUGGAUUAAAGGAACUCUUAUCAUAUGAAGGCAACGUUGAAGAAGAUUUCUACUCAACAUUCCAGGUUUUUCAAGAAGAAUUUGGAAUAAUUAAGUCCUAUAACUUAAAGCCAGGGGGUGAUAAGAUUCCAGUUACCAAUCAGAAUAGAAAAGAAUAUGUACAGCUUUAUACAGACUUCCUUUUGAACAAGUCUAUCUAUAAGCAAUUUGCUGCAUUUUAUUGUGGAUUUCAUAGUGUGUGUGCUUCAAAUGCCCUAAUGCUGCUUCGUCCAGAAGAAGUUGAAAUUCUGGUUUGUGGAAGUCCUGAACUGGAUAUGCAUGCUCUGCAGAGGAGUACUCAGUACGAUGGCUAUGCGAAAACAGACCCGACGAUCCGAUACUUCUGGGAUGUUGUGCUUGGAUUUCCUCUUGAUCUUCAGAAGAAGUUGCUACAUUUUACUACAGGAAGUGACAGAGUGCCUGUGGGAGGAAUGGCUGAUUUGAACUUUAAAAUUUCAAAGAAUGAAACUUCUACUAACUGGUUACCUGUGGCACACACCUGCUUCAAUCAACUCUGCCUUCCCCCAUACAAGAGCAAAAAAGAUCUGAAACAGAAACUGAUCAUUGGAAUCUCAAAUUCAGAAGCUUUUCUUCAGAAAACUCUGAAGUUGGCAUUUGCAAUAAGAAUGAAACCAGCAUUUAGUACCAGCAGAUGAUCCACAGGCAACUACUGCUUGGCCCAGGUCUUCUCUGAGGAAGGCUUUUCCCUGUGGCCCUGCUUCCUGCACCCAACCAGCAGAAUUCAAGGGGACAGGAACUCAUUAACUUGCCCACAGUUCUGAAGCCCGCCCACACCUGCUAGGACCGAACUUCCCUCCCUGUACUGCUUGAGAUUGCAGGUGACUGCUUUUCUAUUUGAGUAUACCAAACAGAUAGUUCUUCUAAAAGUCUCUGAAAGCCUAAGACACUAAAGGCACAUUUGGUUUGGUUCAUACAUUGUUUUUAAUUCAUAUGCAAAUAAAACUGCUUCUCUCUUGUACUGCUUAAACUAGAAAGUACGAUGUUUAAUGUAGGUUACUACUAACAAGCACAAAGACUCGUGUAUAUGAAACCAGAUUUAAGUGUUUUAAGUAAAAUGUAAACCAAGUUCUUAUUUGUUAGAGAUGACUCAUGGAAACAGUGUUGGCUUGGUGUGCAUGUCUAACGAUGUGUGUGAAAUGAUAGUUUUGUCACUUUAGUAAGUACACAAGCAAGCCAAAUUCAAGUGGCGAAAUCCGUAAAUACUGGGGAGUUGUGUUGUCUUUUAUUAAGUUGAAAUUUAUAACCAUGAAUUACUUAGUCACAUAUUUAUGCUGUUUUUGUUUACAAUGUAAUAAUACCUCAUUUUAAAAGUAAAAACCACUACUGUUACAUUUUAAUUUAAUCAGCUAGAAAAUUCAUGUAGCUUUUUAAAUAUACAAUCUGUUAAUGAUUUCUUGAGUUUUGUAUCUGCCAUAGUAAAUUAAAGCAUUGAAAAGUAUUUAUUAGUAUUUAUAAACUGUCUUGUCCUUUCUUAAAAACCUAUUUAUUUUUUUCUGUAUGAUAAGUUUUUGGCACUCCUUUUGUACAAAUCUGUAUUAUAUUGAGUUAAUUUGUGUACAAACAUUUUCAAAUAUUAAAAUUAUACAGUCA